AUGUUGAAUCGCAAUAUUUCAAGAAAAAAUGUUGCGAAAAUCUUCCUUUAUAAUAGUUCUGGUGAUAACAAUUAUGAAGAUUACGAAAGUGGAUCAGAAAAUGAAAAUGAAAAACAAGUGUUGAGUAUUGGUAAAGAAUUUGACUCAUGGGAGGAAGUUAAUAGAUUUUUUGAUGAAUAUGUACUAUCAAAAAGUUUUGCUAUAAGAAAAUGCAGAGGAGAUUAUAUUACUUUAGAGGAUGGUUCACAACGCCUUGUUAGAAGAACUUAUUCAUGUACUUUUUCAGCUAGUUUGAAUUGGCCUAAAACAUCUCCUGCAAUUCAUUUAACUUCGUAUAAUGAUGAUCACAAUCAUCCAUUGAAUCCAUUAAUACACAAAACUUCACCAAAAUACUGA